AUGUCAUUUUGUGAACCAAUUAUUCGAGGUACUAGUGAGGAAAUAUUCAAUACCCUUAAUACUUAUAUGAAUAGAAAAGGUCUUGAUUGGGUAAAAUGUGUCAAAUUAUGUACAGACGGUGCUAGAGCAAUGUGUGGUAAAAAUAGUAGUGUUGUAACUCGAAUGCUUGAAGUUAGUCCGAAUGCAUCAUGGACUCACUGCAACAUUCACAGGGAAGUUUUAGUAUCGAAAAAUCUGCCGGAUAACUUGAAAAUGGUUUUGAACACUUCUGUGAAAAUAGUCAAUUUUAUUUUGCACACCGAAGUACGUUGGCUGUCAAGAGGAAAAGUAUUAACAAGACUUGUAGAACUCCGCAAAGAAGUUGUACUGUUUCUAAAGGAGAAAACUGAUCUGACAAAAUCGUUGCACAAUGAAGAUUUUAUUUUGAAGCUCACGUAUUUAGCCGACAUAUUUUCGAAACUGAACGAACUAAAUUUAUAUUUACAAGGAACUAAAGGAACCGAUAUAUUUGCUGUCCAUGAAAAAAUUAGAGGAUUUAUGAAAAAACUUACUUUAUG